CCACACUUUGAUCUGGAAGGAAUAAAACUUUAAAAAAAAAAACAAAAAACAAAAGAAAACAAACAUCAAAGUCGCACAUGCGGGCAGAUGACAGGAUCGUGGGACGGACAUGGUGACACCGCGACACUUUUUUUUUUUAUUUCCUUGUAAAUACUGAGGAAAGAUAUGUUCUUCUCCGUCGGCUGUGCUGACGUUCCCCCCUUCUUUAUGAUAUUUAUUUAUAAAGAUAAAAAUGAAAAUACACAUGAUCUGGGACAAGGUGACAUUUUUAAUGAACGGUUUAUUUAUUCUUUUCAUGAAGUGACAGCCUGUAAUGUUGUGGGGAGGAUAUGUCCUUCAGUGAAGUCUUCUGGCUUUAAAGUCACUGGAACUGUGAACCCACAGGUGGCUGAGACACAAUCACAGCAAUGUACUCUUUACUAAACAUACCUAUAACUGUAACCAUCAUUUUAACCAUAGCCUGUAGCAUUCCUUCCUUAAAGCCAUUCUUAACGCUCUGCUUAGAAAAAUAGAACAAAGUAAAGUAAUAGUAAAAAUAACUUCAAGAUCCUCAUUACUGUGUAUUUUAAUAAAUAUUUUGUUAAAUUAAUUCAUUAAUUAAUUCAUUCCCAGUUUCACUAUGAAAGUGCAAAUUCAAGGCUCAUUUCUGUCCCAGGUUUCUUCCAUCUGCAUUCUCGGUGCAUGUGAAUUAGAGAAGAUUUGUCUUACUUUUUUAUUUCUAGAUAUCCAGGCAGACUUUUUCGAAACAAACAGCACAGAUGCCAUCAAUGGAGGUGCGGGAAAUGCAGCAAUCACUGAAGCCUGGCUGGGUGACAAGGGGAUGGAGAUCAAGAAGCAGAUCACAGGGAUGAUGAGGCUGCUGAACGACAAGGCGGGGAGGGUCUACCACAGGGUGGGCCAGGAAGGGGAAACCCUGAAGCAGGAGCCUCAAGACCUGGAACUGAGCUGGUCCCAGCCUGUGGCCAGUAGCACCGAGGACCCACAACACAGUGCCUGGAGCGCAGAACCCAUACCCAGACCCCAGGGCUCGGUGCAGUACGGCACUCGAUCCAAGACUCUCAGAAUGCUCACUGACACCAAGAAUUCAGUGAAAGCCAAUGAAGUGGCCACACCCCUGUCCAGCACCACAGAGCCUGGCUGCUGCAUGUGCACUUGCAAGAGCACACUCCAGGCGAUCCUGCAGGAGCUGCGUGCUGUCAAGAAGCUCAUGCAGACUCAGAAAGUUCGGUCCUCACUUGCUUCAGGCUCUCAGGAGAAGCAGCGUGUCCAGGGCAACGUGAGCCCGGUCCGCUGUCCCGCCCCGAAAAAGCGGCCCUGCAGGAGAAGACCCGUCCACAGGGUAGCGACACCAGUCGCUCCAUGCAGGAGGCCCCCAUUGCCCAGCUGUGCCACAGCUGAGCCCACUGGGAGGAAGGAGAGGCCACUGCGGGAGAGGCCCACGUCCUCCCAGAGCGACCAGACCUCACAGCUUGCAGCCCUGCCCACCCCAGCGGAGGACACUCUACCUCAGCACAGCCUGGUGAUGGACCCCCCAUCCUCAGAGCCCGAGGUCCGUCUGGCGGACGACUACGAGGUGUACAUUCCCAAAUCACAGCUCGACUCCAUCCUCGUGAACUACACACGCUCCGGCAGCCUGCUCUUCAGGAAGCUGGUGUGUGCCUUCUUCGACGACACCACGCUCGCCAACUCGCUACCCAAUGGCAAGCGCAAGAGGGGGCUGAACGACAACAGGAAGGGCCUGGACCAGAACAUUGUGGGAGCUAUAAAGGUGUUCACAGAGAAGUACUGCAGCGCUAACAGAAUUGAGAAGCUGCCAGGACCCAGGGACUGGGUGCAGAUCCUGCAGGACCAGAUUAAGUUGGCCAGGAGGCGGUUGAAAAGAGGUAACGAGGCAGAGGCUGCAGACUGCGAUACCAUUUUCAAGAAAGCCUCUCUGUGUACGGCAGGUCGGGAUUCUGGGAGAACAGCAGCUGCCCCGGAGAAGGAUGUCGACGGUUAGCACUCGCUUCCCUGUCAAAUAACUUUGGCUGAAUGUUGGCAAUAUAUCAGCAAAGCUUCAUUUCAUCUUUGACAUGUUCAUGUACGCCAUAGGAAGGGCAUCAUCGUAACGUAAGACAGUUCUGUUGUGUGACUGUAGGAAAAAACAUGACCAAAGUAGUGCUAGAUAGGUGACUUCAGCUUUCACACAGUUUUCUGCAACAUGAAAAGCUGUGUGUGAAGGGGGCUUCUUUUCAGAUCUGCAAUUGUCCAUUAAAAGUUUUUUCAAAACCAUGGGGGAUUGGAGGCAGACUGGAGGCAGAAAAGUGCCAAUUGUCCCAAAACCCCUCCACCAUUCCAGAGUGGAGGAGUUGAUCAUCUGUGCUGGACUGCAAUGCCCAUAACAUGCUUUGACCUACCUUCCAAAACCUAGAAUCUUAAGGUCUCACCGAGGUGUUCUUCGUUCACAUACCCAGUCUGUCAGCCUUUUUACAUUCACUCUUCUUCUUUCUAAGCAGUGUCACUGUGUUCCGCUACCUUUACUGUGUUGCGAACUUCUGUGAUGAUGCCACUACAUAUCCAAAAUUAAGAUAAGAGCCUUCCGUUUUCAGCUGGAAUUACCAAAUUGCUUCGGUCGUGGGUUUUUACGCUUAAGAGGACACAAUGCAAUUGCACCCAUACCAAAAUAAACACAUGUAAUGUGCUUUUAGUCCAGUUUGUUUUUCUGUUUUCCUAAUGAGCAAGACAGUCCUUCAGUGGUACAUAGUGCAGAAAACACACUUGUAGUGUUUAAACAUUAUGUUUCAUCCAAAUCAGUAUUUUACACUGUUUUACAAAUAACAGGUAAUCUGUUUCACAAUGUUAUUUUUAGUACAUAUAUACUGACUGAUUGACUGGAUUAGAAAUGUUUUUUUUUUUUCCCCCAUUCACAAUGCACAUAUCUGGAAAGUCCAGUGAAAGGAUUGUAUGUGGCUACUCCUAGAUGUCUAUUAUUAAGUUAUCAUUUUUGUAAAGAAAUUUAUCAUAAAUAUAGUAAAUAUUGUUGAUAUGAAGUAGAAAAAAAUAUGAAAGGAUGCUCUUUGGAAAAAAUGUAAGAUUAGUUGCUGUAGUGGCUCACAAUCCUUAGAAUUACACCUGAAAACUUUCAUUUUUAUGCCAUGGAUUAAAGAAAUGAAAAUGUACUGGUGUUUAUUUUUUAAAAGUUCGAUCAGUGCACUUUAGUAGAUAAUUUACCCAUGGUAAGUUAUCACUUAUGGUGGGAAAUUGCAGCAGUGUGUAAGUUUAUAUGAAAUGUUUGCAGUUGCUUGGUGUUCAUAUUUGUGUUUACAUAUGUUUACAUGUUUAUACUUAGUCUGUAUAUGUUUAUGUAUUUUUUUUACUGUAAGGACUUUUAG